AUGGUAUUUGUUUGUACAGCGCAGAACGGUAAUCAAGAAGACCCAUGCAAACAGAAAUCCAAAGUUGUUGGUGAUGUGACUUACUGCGAUCGGUAUUGGGAAUGCGUAAAUAACACUCCUGAGCUCUAUGAUUGCCCAAAUGGAUUAGUUUUUGCUGGAAAACAUAGAGGCGUUACUGAAGGCUGUGACUAUCCAUGGCGAUCGAAUUAUUGUGAUAAUAAAAAAUUAGCAAAUGGCCCGAUAUCAACAGAGCACUGUGAUUGGCUAUAUGGGAUUUUUGGACAUGAGACUUCAUGCACAAGAUACUGGACAUGCUGGAAUGGCACUGCUACAGAACAACUAUGCAUUGGAGGAUUGUUAUAUGAUGAGAGUGCUCAUUCGUGUAAUUGGCCCGAAAGCGUAGAAGGAUGCCAGAAACAUCCUCUUUGUAAUGACGAUCCAAAUGGAAAUGUUCCAUUAGGAAAAUCGUGCAACAGAUAUUGGCAAUGUCAAGGAGGCUUUCCAAGACUUCAAAGAUGUCCUGCGAUGCUUGUAUUUGACAAAAAGAGCUUGAGAUGUGUAGUUCCACCAACAGAGGACUGUGACAUACCAAUUCCUUCAAACACCGACACACUGAAUGGAGAAAGUGAUGAUCAAUCGGCGAAUGCAGCAAAACAUAACAAUUAACAGAAUUCUUAGAGAGUAAUUCGAAAAAUUUCGC